AUGUCGACAGCCAACACGAUCAAGGUGGUCGCUCGAUUCAGGCCGCAGAACAAAGUCGAACAGUCCGUCGGCAGCGAGCAGAUCGUCGAAUUCAACAGCCCCGAGUCAUGCACCAUCAAUUCGAAAGAAGCGGCCGGCGCCUUCACCUUCGACCGAGUCUUCCCUACGAAUACCCCUCAGCAAGAUGUGUUCGACUACUCCAUCCGGAGCACCGUUGACGAUGUCUUGGCCGGAUACAAUGGAACCGUCUUCGCCUACGGACAGACUGGUUCUGGAAAGACAUUCACCAUGAUGGGUGCCGACAUUGCGAAUGACUCCCUCAAGGGUAUCAUUCCUCGUAUCGUCGAGCAGAUCUUCUCGAGCAUCAUAAACAGCGACGGCAGCAUCGAGUUCACGGUCAAGGUCAGCUACAUGGAAAUCUACAUGGAGAAGAUCAGGGAUUUGCUCGUGCCGAACAACGACAACCUGGCGGUGCACGAGGACAAGCAGCGCGGCGUAUACGUGAAGGGACUGGGAGAGUUUUACGUUGGUUCGGUUGGGGAGGUCUAUCAGGUACUCGAACGAGGUGGGCAGGAGAGAAUGGUGGCCGCGACAAACAUGAACCAAGAAUCCUCCCGAUCGCACUCUAUCUUUGUGAUUGAAGUUACACAGAAGAACAUUGAGACGGGAUCUGCUCGUGCUGGACGCUUAUACCUUGUCGAUCUUGCUGGUUCGGAGAAGGUUGGCAAGACGGGUGCGAGCGGUCAGACCCUCGAAGAGGCGAAGAAGAUCAACAAGUCUCUGUCAGCUCUUGGCAUGGUCAUCAACGCAUUGUCUGAUGGAAAGAGCACUCACGUUCCCUACCGAGACAGUAAGCUCACGCGUAUCUUGCAAGAAUCUCUGGGCGGUAACUCGAGGACAACGCUCAUUAUCAACUGCUCGCCUUCCUCGUACAACGAUGCUGAGACAGUGUCGACGCUGCGAUUCGGUGAGCGUGCGAAGACCAUCAAACAGAAAGCCAAGGUCAACGAGGAGCUAUCGCCUGCUCAGCUCAAAGCGCUGCUCAAGAAGGCGCAGUCACAGGUCACCACAUUCGAAUCAUAUAUUCAGUCGCUUGAGGGCGAGGUGUCGAACUGGCGUAAAGGCGAGACUGUUCCAAAGGACAGAUGGACGCCCGCGUUGAAGGAGAUUUCUGCAGCACCUGCUCAGCCGCCACCUAGGUCUAGUACACCUACAAGCAGACUCAAGUCGGAAGCAUUGGGCACGCCGCGACCAGAGAGCAGGGCAGAGCUGGAGAGAGCGUCAACUCCGAGCAUAGUGUUGGAGAAGGACGAGAAAGAGGAGUUUCUGAAGCGGGAGAACGAGCUGCAGGAUCAGCUUGCGGAGAGGGAGAGGAGCCUGGAAGCCGCCGAGCAGGCGCUGCAGGCUGCAAGAAGCGAAUUGCGCGAGAUGCGGGAGGCGCAUUCCACGACGACACGGGCUAAUGAGAAACUUACGAGUGAGACUGAAACCUUGCGGAUGGAUAUCGAGAAGAUACAGUUUGAGACGAAGGAGGCUGCGAUCACGAUGGACUCGCUGAAGGAGGCCAACGCCGAGCUCACGACUGAAUUGGAUGACGUGAAGCAUCAACUUUUGGAUGCCAAGAUGGUUGCCAAGGAGUCGUCCGCAUUGCUAGACGAAAAGGAGAGGAUGAAGAAGGAGCGUAUGGCGAAGAUGAUGGCCAGCUUCGAUCUGGGCGAGGGCAUGAUGUCGCAAGGCGAGAUGCAAGUUCGGGAGAUGGUCGAGCAAGUGCAGAGCUUGCUUGAUAUUGCCGAUCAUGGCGAGAAUGUCUCGGCGGACGAGCUCAGCUCGCUUAAAGAGAAGCUGCUCGAAAUCCAGGGCUUUGUCCGACAGCAAGAUGCCAGCUCGAGCGGCAUCAUUGAUGGCGCACAGUCGGCCAUUCUGGAGCAGAAGCUUGCCCAAUCCCAACGCGAAUACCAGGAGCUCCUUACCAAGAAUCUCUCCGAGGCAGACGUGGAGGAGGUGAAGCGCGAUCUGUAUGAGUCUCUGGCCGCACAGCAGAAUGGCGCCGGUCAUUCGCCUGAAGUACAAGAUAGUCUGAACCGACAGCAGGAGGAGAAUGCCCGGCUACGUAGCGAGGUCGACGCUCUGAGGAAGCAGAGCAUCAACGGGAGUAACGGCACGAACGGCAGCAAGCAGCUGGCAGACUUUGAUGCGGUCAAGAAGUCGCUCAUGCGUGACCUGCAGAAUCGAUGCGAGCGUGUGGUGGAGCUGGAGAUCAGCCUUGAUAGCACACGGGAGCAGUACAAUUCGAUUCUGCGCAGCAGCAACUCGAAGCAGCAACAGAAGAAGCUUGCCUUUCUGGAGCGCAAUCUGGAGCAGCUAACAAUGGUUCAGCGUCAACUGGUCGAGCAGAAUGCGCAGCUCAAGAAGGAAGUGGCGAUCGCGGAGCGCAAGUUGGUGGCUCGUGGCGAGCGGAUCCGCGGGUUGGAAGGUCUGGUUCAGGAGAGCCAGGAGAAGCUGAUGCUCGCAAACCACAAGUACGUUUUCAUGUCAUCGCUGUGGAGGAGAGGGCACAAAUUGACUGACUUGCGCCAGAUUCGAGAGCCAACUCAUGGCCGUCAAGGAGCGUCUGGAAGCCGCCAAGACGGGUUCGACUCGCGGUCUCCCCAACUCGCCCGCCCCAGCCAACUUCGCCCAAUCUCAGUUCGGUCGGAUAGCCAAGCCACUGCGCGGAGGAGGCGGCGGUGGCGGAGGUGGGGACGGCAACCCAGCCGUGCCUACAUUCGCCGGUCUCCAGCAACAGGAAAGCGGCAACAAGCGCAGCAGCUGGUUCUUCAACCAACGCACUUAG